AUGUCUUACACUGCCGUCCACGCCAACCCCCAGGGCCCGGGUGAUGCCCGACCCACAGCCCUCCAAAUCGUCCAAGACAGCAACAUGCAAAACCAACUCAAAGGCAAAGUCGCCGUCGUGACGGGCGUCUCCUCUGGCCUGGGGGUCGAGACUGUCCGCGCCCUCGCCGCCACCGGCGCAACGCUGUACCUAACAGCCCGCGACCUGAGCAAAGCGCGCACAGCCCUAGGCGACAUCUUCCAGCCAGAGACAAUGGAGCUGGUACAAAUGGAUCAAGCCUCUCUUUCCAGCGUGCGAUGGGCUGCAGAGUUCAUUUUGUCCAAGACAACCAAAGUGAACAUCCUCAUCGGCAACGCGGGGAUCAUGGCCGUGCCGGACCUCCAGCUCACAGAGGACGGGUACGAAGUGCAGUUCGCGACGAACCACCUCGCCCACUUCCUUCUGUUUAAUCUGCUCAAGUCGGCCCUGUUAGCGGGAAGUAGUCCUGAAUUUCAUUCAAGGGUGGUUCUGGUGUCGAGUUCAGGACAUCGCGUGCAUGGGAUUAAUGAGCCGGAUAAUUAUCAAUUCCAGAAGGGCGGGUAUCAUCCCUUGGUUGCGUAUGGGCAGUCCAAGACGGCGAAUAUCUAUAUGGCAAGUGAGAUUGAGCGGCGGUAUGGAGGACAGGGGCUGCAUGGGCUGAGCUUGCAUCCUGGGAUUAUUGCCACCGGGUUGGGGAGGUAUCUGUCCGAGGAACAGAUUCAGGCGCUGUUGAGUGAUGAGACGGUGGGUAGGGUUGCUAAGAGUACGGAGCAGGGUGCGGCCACUACAUUGUGGGCUGCUGUGGGAAGAGAAUGGGAGGGUAAGGGAGGGAAGUAUCUGGCUGAUUGUGCCCUUGCAGAGGAUAAAGAGUAUGAUGGGCAUGUUGGUAGGACGAUCGUGAGUUAUACAUAUUGGCCGGAGGGAGAGGAGCGGUUGUGGAGAGAUUCGUUGGAGAUGGUCAUCGUCAUCCUCGAAGAACUCAACAUCCCCUACAAAAUCAACUCCUUCGGAUUCGAAGACGUCAAGAAACCCCCAUUCAUUAGCAUUAAUCCCAAUGGCCGUGUACCGGCAAUCCAAGACCCCAACACCCCCAACCCCACCAACCCCAACCACCCUUUCACCCUCUGGGAAUCCGGCGCCAUAAUCCAAUACCUAAUCGACCUCUACGACCCGACCCAUAUCCUCUCCUACCCACCAAGUACCCCUGAGAAACAUCUCCUAAACCAAUACCUCCAGUUUCAAAUGAGUGGACAAGGGCCGUAUUACGGUCAAUGCGGAUGGUUCUCCGUCCUCUCCCCCCAAAAGCUCCCCGUCGCAAUAACCCGCUACCAGGCCGAAGUGCACCGGAUCCUGUCGGUCCUGAACACCAUCCUCGAGGGGAGAACGUGGCUAGUAGGCGAGAAAUGCACGUACGCUGACUUGGCCUUUUUACCGUGGAAUUGUCAGUUGGAGAUGUUGAUUCCUAAGGAUUCUGAGGAUGAAGGGGGUAUUCUGGACCCGUAUCCGUGGGUCAAGGCGUGGCACGAAAGGAUGGAGGGGAGGGAGUCGUGGAAGAGGGCGAUGGUGCUGCGGGAGAAGUUGACGAGGGAGCAGGGGCUCGGGAGGAAUGGGAUGCCUGAGGGGGUGAGUGAUAUUGGGGAGUAUGAGGAGUUUAUUAGACGGAAGGAGGAGGAGGGAGGGGAGAGGAUCGAUGAGGAAGAGGGUGUGUUGGGGUGUGUUGGGGUUCGGAGUAUGAGUGGAUAUCAAAAGAGUCAAGGGAAACAGGGAGAGAAAGAUGGAGAGGAAGAGGAGAGGUGGGAUGAGCAGACAGGGGUACUGGGGUGUGUUGGGUUUAGGAGUAUAGGGGAAAAUCAGGAGAAAGAAGCAAGACAGGAAGACGGAAAGGAAAAGGAAGAGGAGAGAUGGGAUGAGGAUACGGGAGUGUUGGGGUGCAUUGGGGUGGGGAACCUGGGAGGAUAUCGUGAGAAGCAACAGGGGCAGGGAGAGAGAAGAGAACAGGAACAGGAGGACAGAUGGGAUGAGGAUACAGGAGUGUUGGGGUGUUCUAAGAUCGGGCACUAA